AUGACAGUUAAAGUUGCUGAAGAAAUGGCCGAUCAAAUUAUUGCUGCAUUUCCUAGUGAAGUCAAGGAUUAUUAUUUUAUGAGAGAUGGUCCAAAAGCACCAAAAGGUAAACUUUAUGCCAAAUACCAUAAUGUUAUUAGAAGUCUCAAAAGUGGUGGACUUAUUGAAAAAACUAAAAAUACAGUAAAACCAAUGAACUCUGAAAGUGAAACUAAUAUUGACCAUUAUUUAAAUAGUUUGAAACACGAUAAUUGUACGUUUAAUGAGAUUGAAGUUAUAUGGGCGGCUACAGUUAAUACCAGAUUGAAUAGUAUUAGAAAAAGUAAAAGUACCUCCGAAACAUUACUAUCUUGGCCUAGUUAUAAGCUUCCAGCAGGAUAUAGAUUGGUUGAUAUUGAUUUUCUCACUGUUCAGCCUAAUGCAUCUAGUUUAAUGACAGUAUACCCUAAUUAUAUUUCAAAACUUAUCAAACUAUUUAAAUUCAAAAUUAAAGAUUCACAAAGUACUAAGCUAGUUGAAGAUUUAAAUGAAGAAAAUGUUCUAACAGAAAAUAGUCGAGAUUGUUAUGUAUUUUACCUUCUGCAUGCUCUAUUCGUGCCAACAUCCAAAAAAACAACCCGUGAUGACAAAGGACGAAAAUAG